UCACCAUGACCACCACGAUCACCAUGGUGACCACGAUCACCACGGCGACCACGGCCACCACAGCGACCAUGGCGACCACGACCACCAUGAUGAUCACGAUGACCAUCUGCAGAACCGCAGCAUGGACAGUGAAGAGUGUUUGAACGCCUCAGGUCUGCUCUUCUCCCACGGAAUGUCACAAGAAGGGGGCGUCGCCCUCAGAGACUUUGCAUACUUGUGCCCCGCCCUGCUAAACCAGAUCGACAGUGGGGCGUGCCUCCUGCACGGAGACGUCUCCCAGCAUGACCACAAAGGGCAUAAACACCAUAAACAUUCUCACAAUCACCAUGGAGAUCACAACCACGCCACAAAUAACCAGAGCGACAAUGCUGCCGGAGACAACAGCAAACACAUCGCAACAGCGUGGGUCGGCGGCUUCGUCUCCAUCACCAUCAUCAGUAUGCUGUCGCUGCUCGGCGUCGUCCUCAUCCCGCUCAUGAACAAAGUUUUCUUCAAGUUCCUCCUCAGCUUCCUGGUGGCCCUGGCUGUGGGGACACUGAGUGGAGACGCCUUCCUGCACCUUAUACCUCAUUCUCAGGGAAGCCAUCACCACCACCACCAUGAGGAACCGGGUAUGGACCUUGGAGAGCAUCACAUCCAUGAAGAAAACGGGGAAGACCUUGAUGGGAUGUGGAAAGGCCUGGCUGCUCUGGGAGGCGUCUACUUCAUGUUCCUGAUUGAACACUUCCUGACGCUGGGAAAAAUGUACAAAGACAAGAAGCAGAAGAAGAAAUGGGACCAGAAUGAUAAAUCGGAUCCGGAGAAGCAGCCCGCUCUGGUGGCCAGCGAGCUGAAGCCAACUGAAGACGUGGAGACGAACGGCGCCAGCACGUUUGCCGACCACUCCAAUGACGUGGCGGAGGAGGAGCAGGUGAUGCUGACGCCACAGGUGUCCGUUGUCUCGCCGCAGAGCUACGGCAGACCCUCGGGGGACGCCGCCUACUCGGCGGAGGACUGCGAGAACAAAUGCCACUCCCACUUCCAUGACACGGUGGGCCAGGCGGACAGCAUGCACCACCACCAUCAUGACUACCACCACAUCCUGCAUCACCACCAUUCCCAGAACCACCACCCACACAGCCACUCCCACUCCUACUCAGAGCAGCACUUCCAGCAGGCCGGCGUGGCCACGCUCGCCUGGAUGGUCAUCAUGGGAGAUGGGCUGCACAACUUCAGCGACGGCCUCGCCAUCGGAGCUGCUUUUACUGAGAGUCUAUCCAGCGGCCUCAGUACGUCGGUGGCCGUUUUCUGCCAUGAGCUGCCUCAUGAGUUGGGGGACUUUGCGGUGCUCCUGAAGGCGGGCAUGACGGUAAAGCAGGCCAUCCUUUACAACGCGCUGUCGGCCAUGAUGGCGUACCUCGGCAUGGUGACGGGCAUUUUAAUCGGACACUACGCUGAAAACAUCUGCAUGUGGAUCUUUGCCCUCACAGCCGGCCUCUUCAUGUAUGUGGCUCUGGUGGACAUGGUGCCAGAGAUGCUGCACAACAACGCCGGAGACCACGGCUUCAGCCACUGCGGCUUCUUCCUGCUGCAGAACGCCGGCAUCCUACUGGGCUUCUGCAUCAUGCUGCUCAUCGCUCUGUUCGAGCAUAAAAUCCAGCUGGAUCUGGGUUACUGAUGGGGAACUGUCCCGUUCCUCCUGAAGGCUCUGUCCGUGCUUUUGUUUACAUACUCCAGUCAUCAUAGUGUUUUAGUUUACUUAGUUGUAUCGUUUAGAUGAAAGGCAACGGCAUGCAGGAAGCUGUCUCAUGCUGCUGUUAAUAGAGAUCAGUUCAGAUGUUGCUGCUGGAGAUGAGGUCUGAAUUCGAGGCUUCAGGAGUCGUUCUUUCCUCCAGGUGGAGAUUAGAUCUCAGCACCAAGUCUGGGAGUUUGUUUUGAGUCAGUUUUUACUAUUAUCCGUUCCUUGUAGUGGUUCUAUCUUUCUUUUUUUGCAAGUUAGUUUAGUUUUUUUUACAUACAUGCAUAUCUAUUUUUUGUACAUUUUAAUUAAUACAAUCGGACCAGUGUUACAAAGGUACAACUUUCUAGACCGCAGUUCCUUCAAAUUCUGCUUUUCUGUAUAAAAUCCUUCAGGAAGCUUGUGGUGCAGCUGGUUAACAGUGAGUCAGGCCCUGAUUGGGCUCAAGGAUGCUGGUCAAACUGAGUUUAGGUCAAUCAACGAAGCUGUUUGUAGCUCAGAAAAUGAUUUAAAUGAAACUUAAAGCGAUAGAAUUACCAACUCAGAUGAGCUACAGAAUAAACAUCCAGGGUUUACUUUAAGGCAGCAGGAGGUUCCUGCAAAAACUGACGUUGUUUUUAGAGUUCAAAUGUUUAUUUCCUCUUUAACAAGAGAUUUAAAUGGAACAUCGGGCCAAUUUUUACGCCUCCUUUUAAUCUCUGUUACUAGAAAUCAGUAAAAAUGUAAAGACAGUUUAAUUCUGCUGCUGCAUCCUAAAAUAUUCUUUUCAAGAGUAACAAAGAAAGUGGUGUUUAUUUAUUUCGUUCAUUAAUAUGUGUCGAAAAUGCUGGUAAAAGUCCCCCCCCCCCCC